AUGAAGACCUCAUCCAUCGCCCUCACCCUUGCAGCAACUGCCGUUACGAGCGCACAGGAUCCGUUCUACAACAUCAGCUCUGCACCAUUCUUCCUUGUCGUCACAUCCGAAGACGGAAAGGUCAAUGAUACGCUAAGCGCCUGUCACGUCGGUGCAGCCAUCGAAUCACUCUGCAUCAGCAACGCCGGCGUAGGUGACAGCCCAGAACCUCUCGACGGCGCACAAUUCCAAUUCAACACAUCUGUCUACUCUCAAGCACCAGAGGAGGGCUUCGGCGUACCAGGCAUCUUGACCUGGUGGUUGAACACCACUACCCUCGACAUUCCCUCAUCAGCGGCUUUCAACCUCGACCCAACUUCCAACCUUGCAGGCAUCACUCUCAGCCCCGGAAGCGGAAGCGAUACAACGAUGCUGGCUUUCGACUCCCAGGACGAACUUACGUAUCAGGCCUACGUCCGUGGCGAGAACAAUACAGGCAACUACCAGGAAUUCUACCGCUGGUAUGCUUGCGACACAGAUUAUGCCAGCUACAGGUACAACAACUUGGCAUGGGGACUGGGUGCGGGCAAGCCAGACAACCCAACCUGCGUCUCGGUCAACGUGACGAGGGUGUUUGUCUAA